GCAUCAGGGCCAAUAAUGCCGCAACGCGUCUCCCCCCUGUCUGUCUCUUUCAUCCCCCCUCUCUCUCGCUGUCGUCGUCGUCCCUUCCAUCCCCGCCACCACCUCCUCCUCCUCCUCCUCUUCCUCCUUCCAAGAUCUCCUACACCGCUUUGUCUCUUCUUCUCCCUCCCCGCAAACUCCCCUUGACCCCUUCCAAUUCGAUCCCGUUUGGCGCUGCUGGUUUGGCCGGGUAUCUUGGCUGCUUCCAUCGGAUUUGGAUAAAACAAAUACCGGAACGGAAAGUGGGACGCUGCUAUCCUCCCUCCCAUUGCCGCUCCUGCUCUGAAUCGUGUCCAGUUCCACGCAUUUGUUCCGGGCGGGUCGGAGUUCGUUGGCGCCGUGCGGAUCCGUUACGGGAGGUCGUCGGCGUGCGUUCCUGUCCGUCCUUGUUCUUCUUGGCAUGAGCGUUGGGGAAGAUGGGGCUGGAUUACUACAGCGUGCUCAAGGUCAACCGGAGCGCCACGGAGGACGACCUCAAGAAGUCGUACCGCCGGCUGGCCAUGAAGUGGCACCCCGACAAGAACCCCGGCGACAACAAGGCAGAGGCCGAGGCCAAGUUCAAGAAGAUCUCCGAGGCCUACGAGGUUCUGAGUGAUCCGCAGAAGAGGACAAUAUAUGAUCAAUAUGGGGAGGAGGGCCUGAAGGCCUCCGCGGACGCCGGUAGCUCGUCGUCAUCUAUGAAUGGCUCCACCAACCACCGCUUCAAUCCUCGGAAUGCCGAGGACGUCUUUGCUGAGUUCUUCGGCAGCAGCAAGCCUUUUGAGGGGAUGGGGCGCGCCAAGUCGAUGAGGUUCCAGACAGAAGGCGCCGGCACCUUUGGUGGGUUCGGUGGUGGCACCGAGAGCAAAUUCAGAUCAUACAAUGAUCCUGUCGGCGCCAGCUCUAGCCAGCCCCGGAAGCCACCGCCCGUGGAGACGAAGCUUACAUGCACGCUUCCAGAGCUAUACUCUGGUUCGACACGCAAGAUGAAGAUAUCCAGGAACAUUGUCAGGUCUAAUGGGCAACUAGGCACUGAAUCGGAGAUUCUGACAAUCGAUAUAAAACCCGGAUGGAAGAAAGGGACCAAGAUCACAUUUCCGGACAAGGGCAAUGAGCAGCCGAACCAGCUCGCCGCCGAUCUCGUCUUUGUCAUCGACGAGAAGCCUCAUGAUGAGUACACGAGGGAAGGCAACGACCUGCUGAUAUACCAGAAGAUCGACCUGGUGGAUGCAUUGGCAGGAACCACAGUGAAUCUGAAGACCCUCGACGGGCGUGACCUGGUGAUCAAGCUGACAGACGUGGUAACACCGGGAUAUGAGCUUGCAAUCGCCAAGGAGGGGAUGCCUAUUGUGAAAGAAAAUGGGAGGAGAGGCAAUUUGAGAAUCAGGUUCGAUGUUGAUUUCCCGAAGAGACUGUCAUCGGAGCAGCGGCAGAAUAUUAGGAAGGUUCUUGGAGGGGGAGGGCAGCCUCAGCAGUAAUGAUGACGUUCCGGAAGCAAAUUCAGCUCUCCCAUAGUUGUCCAUGAAAUGCAGACUAAUUCAGAUGUUCUUCUUUGGUUGGCUUGUAUGUCUAGUUACUUUUGGUUUGCGGGUACUUAUUCCUGAUCUGCUCCUUUGUUGAAGAAAUCGCGAUAGUAAUUGUUGACUACUCCAUACAGAUUACGGUGUAAUGUUAAUUUGUUCACUUAUUGAGUCACAUAUUUCAAUAGUCCUUGAAAA